AUGGCCUAUUGCGCCAUUGCUCCUCGUGCGCCACCUCAAUAUCGUGAGCUUAAGAUGACCCUAUACACAAACAAGGAGGUGUAUUCUGGACCAAACACUAAUGGAGUAACUACCACAAGUGGAUCAAAAAUGGGCACAACCUGGGUCUUCUCCUGGCCUGUAGCCGAUGGACCAGGUCCUGAUGCAAACAUCGUCGGACAUCUGCAGGGUACUGGUGUGCAAGUUGCCCAUACUCCCAAUCUCGUGUUCCACUACUCCCUGGGAUUAGUGUUCGUGGACCAAAGGUUCACUGGGUCUACACUUCAGUUGUCUGGGACUUCCCAAAUCAAUGCUGAGUGGAGCAUUGUUGGAGGGACGGGAGAACUUACUAUGGCAAUGGGCACUGUCAAACGCACAGAAAUUGUAUACAAAGAAAAUGCCAGGGUUUCAGAACUCAAAAUACAUUUCGCUCCAAUGAAGCCUGCUACAACUAGUAGAAAUAGAGAGUACAGAACAACGAUGGCAUACUUGGAUGAGCGUCCACCACCAUUCUUGACCGACACUUAUGUGCCCAUACGGCAUGACGUGGCAAUCUGGCGGGCCGCCAGGCUUGGUGCGGAGGAGCUUGAACGAGAGGUGCUCGGUGUCCCACUGGCGGUGUGGCAAAUGACAGCCACCUUGUCAACACCGCCACCACAGGCGCCCUCCAUCUCCACCAUGUACAGCAUGGCCGGGCCAAACCGGUAA